CGGAGGGCGUAAGCGGGGCUGAGGGGGCUGCCGGAGGAGGAGGAGGAGGAGGGUGUUCGCGUUUCAUGUGUUGCUGCUAACUUGCACCCUCCCACCCUUGUGGGUGGGGGUGGCUUGACAUACGCUGCCAUGCAAAGUGGGGAACCUGUGGCGGCACCUGCAGCAACAGCUAUGAAAGUCUCUGAAAGUGAAGGCAAGCUGGAGAACUUGCUCCCAGCCCAGAAUUGCACAAGCAAGAGCAGCAGUAGUAGUGGCAUCAGCACUAGUGGGCUCAGCAGUAGCCGAGGAGGGAACAGUACCAAAAGCUGGCAGUACAGUGAUCACAUGGAAAAUAUUUCUGGCUAUUUAAUGAAAUAUACAAACCUUGUCACAGGCUGGCAGUACCGGUAUUUUGUCUUAAACAAUGAAGCUGGCCUCUUGGAGUAUUUUGUGAAUGAACAGUCCAGAAAUCAGAAGCCAAGAGGUACCUUACAACUGGCUGGAGCUGUGAUAUCCCCUAGUGAUGAAGAUUCUCAUACUUUUACGGUGAAUGCCGCUAGUGGAGAGCAAUAUAAGCUGAGAGCUACUGAUGCCAAGGAGCGGCAGCAUUGGGUGAGCAGGCUUCAGAUAUGUACCCAACACCAUACUGAAGCAAUUGGAAAGAACAAUCCUCCUCUGAAAUCCCGCAGCUUCUCUCUUGCAUCUCAAGGAAGUGGUUCUCCUGGUGUGCAGAGAAGGCCCAGCCAAAAUGCAGCCUCCUUUUUUAAUGUUGGCCAUCACAGGUUGCCAACAGGGAAAAGAAUUCCCAUUCUUCAACCAGAUCAUUUAAUUGAUGUACGAGAGAAGAUGUCUCAAGCUGAGGGACAGCAGAGAGACUUGAUAAGAAGCAUAGAAUGCCUUCCUGCCUCUGGUCAUCUUUCUUCUUUGGACCAAGACCUGUUGAUGCUCAAGGCAACCUCCAUGGCAACAAUGAAUUGCUUAAAUGACUGUUUUCACAUUCUCCAGCUACAGCAUGCAUCACAACAGAAGGGAUCCUUAUCUACUGGAACAACUAUCAGUUGGUUGGAACCAAAGCUCUCCCUGCCAAACCACUUCAAAAAUGGAGCAGAUCAGAAUUUCUCAGCAGAUGAAAACAAGCCAUCAUCUGUCAUGGAGGACCAGUCCAUUUCGGAUUCCAGUCAGCUAACCAGGGAACCAGAGGAAAUAAACCCAGAUGAGGAACUAGAGGAUACAUGUGACAAUAAAGAGGAUGACCUUGGAGCCGUGGAAGAACAGCGUAGUGUUAUCUUGCAUCUCCUGUCUCAACUCAAACUUGGCAUGGACUUAACAAGAGUGGUUCUUCCCACUUUUAUUUUAGAGAAACGCUCUUUGUUGGAAAUGUAUGCCGACUUCAUGUCCCAUCCAGAUCUCUUCAUUGCAAUUUCAAGUGGCACCAGCCCCGAAGAGAGGAUGAUCCGCUUUGUUGAGUAUUACCUCACUUCUUUUCAUGAAGGUCGCAAAGGAGCAAUUGCGAAAAAACCAUACAAUCCGAUCAUCGGGGAAACGUUUCACUGCUCGUGGAAGAUGGCGAAGAGCCACGUGCCAUCUGACACAAAUAGUAACUCUUCUUCCCAGUCCCUCUCUGAGCAAGUGACUGUCUCAGAGGAGUCACAGGACCAAGCAGAGUUGGACAGUUACACAGUCAGAUUUGUAGCGGAACAAGUGUCUCAUCAUCCUCCAGUCUCAGGGUUUUAUGCAGAAUGUGGAGAGAGGAAGAUGUGUGUUAAUGCUCAUGUCUGGACAAAAAGUAAAUUCCUAGGCAUGUCAAUAGGAGUGACUAUGGUUGGAGAAGGUAUUUUAAGUCUUCUGGAACAUGGAGAAGAAUACACGUUUUCUCUGCCAUGCGCAUAUGCUCGGUCAAUUUUGACUGUCCCUUGGGUAGAACUGGGAGGAAAAGUCAGUGUUAAUUGUGCAAAAACAGGAUAUUCUGCUAGUAUUACUUUCCAUACCAAGCCAUUCUAUGGUGGGAAGCUUCACCGUGUCACUGGUGAGGUGAAGCAGAACGCUACCAACACUGUGGUCUGUAGAGUGCAAGGUGAAUGGAAUAGUAUCCUUGAAUUCACCUAUAACAAUGGGGAGACAAAAUGCAUGGACUUGUCAAAACUGUCUGUGACUAGGAAACGAGUACGACCCAUUGAGAAACAAGGGCCAUUUGAGUCCAGGAAACUGUGGCAGCAUGUGACAGAGUCCCUGAGGGAAGGGGACAUUGAUAAGGCAACUGAGCAUAAGAAAGCACUUGAAGAACGGCAGAGAAAUGAGGAGCGGCUCCGGGCUGAGACAGGCACGCCGUGGCAUACUAAGUACUUUGUUAAAGAUGGCGAUGGCUGGGUUUAUUAUAAUCCCCUUUGGAAAAGGUUGCCUGCUGUACAAAAUCAAGAAGUGGACACAAACUAGAUGGCAUUUCUUCAAAAUUAUUCAUCUCUUUUAUCUAAUCCCCACAACUUCCAAAAUGCUGUAUCUCACUAAGAGUCCUUUGGGAUUUUUUUAUACAAUUGCACAAAAUUAAAUAAGCAUAAAGGAAUAAAACUACUAGGGCACUUUAAAGUUGCAGAAAAUCAAAAGGUAGAGAGAGAACCUUGCCAGGUAUAUCUCCCCCCCACCCCCCUCAAAAAACAUUUUAUAUGGCGCUCAAGAUUUUAUCUGAACUGUAUAUUGUGUUCUUUCUAAGCACACUCUACUACUGCAAAAGCUGCCUAAGAUGUGUUUGGUUUUUUUAAAAAAACAAAACGACUCCAUCUAGAAGCAGUGGCAUUCAGAGCUGUUUUGCCCAAGUGGAUUUACCUCUGGGGUAACACCUGAACAGUGUUUCAGAAUCUGUGCUUCAGUUUCCACUCAUUUCUGAAUUACUCAGUGCCCAUUUAAAGAGGAAAACACCUUUUGCUGCUCUGAAAUAACCUCGCUGAAUAUCUUGAAGAAGAAGCUUUUCAUAAGUUUGACCUUGGAAUCAGUGUUACGAACCAUCUGGAUCAGGACUUGGCACUACUUCUUAAAAUUAUUCUUCGAAAGCAAUGAGUGCAUGGCUGUGGAAGAAUGAGGGACUCCUGUAAGCCACACCUUUUCUUUUCUUUUUUAAAGCAUUCUAAAAUAGAUUAGAAUUGUAACUAUAUUCCCCUUCCCCGAAAGAGCUGAGUGGAGAGCAAUGUGGGGCAAGGGGUAAAAAUCAGAACAAUUUUCAGCUACACAUUCCCCUCUCCCACCCCACCCCAGCGUCAUUUCCUUAGCAAACUGCUCAUAAUUGCUUCAUGCUGUAAAUACCAUGAAGAUGUUCCAUCUCUUUAAAGACCAAGGCCUAGAUGAAAAAAGAAAAGUAUUAAUUUCCUUCAACUCUCUGCCCCCCUUUCUCUUUGGAUCAUUUCUGGGACAGAGUCCGGACUGUCCUAGGCAAGUAAUUUCAUUUGUCUUCUCUUUAUGUUCAAAGUCCAACAUCUGUACGUUCCCACGGAGUACAAAGACUGUCACUUUGUUUUUUCUAUAGUACCUGAAAAGGCUUGUUUUUUGCUAUGGGACUGCAUUCAUAACCAAAUGCAAUCUGAUAUCAGGAAACCAUGUUCAGGUAAAAUGUCCCUUGUUUUUUAUGAUACAGAUAUUUUAUUGAAAUCUAAGAAUUGCUGGCAAUUAAGAAUAGUACUGAUUUAUGGCUUUCAUUCUUGUUGUUACUACAAGCUACCUUAAUUUUUCUAAGAGUGGUGCCUUACUCUGUUUCUUCUGAUGUAGUCUUCCAAUCAGUGUAUAUACCAUAAUCUGUCACCUUCUGGUUUUGUCAACAGUGGGGCUUCUCCCUACCAUCAUGAAAACUUACGAACUGUGUGUGUGCUGGUCAAGUGUUUUUAUUUUAUUUUUCUUCCAUAUUAAGGGAAAUAUUGGAAUGCAUCCAAGAGUGGUUGACUAACAAUACUCAUUUUCCACAAAGGCUGAAAAGCGUGCAGAGAAAAGAAGUUUGGGGUUUUAUGCACACGUGUUCAGAUUCCCUUGUACAUUUUUUUUGCUGUGAAAUGCACUGAAAUCUUAAUGCGAGCAGUGUACAAUUCCAUGUGUAAGAAAUGGAGAGGAAAGGAAAUAAAGCUACCAAAAGGAA